CUCCAGGACUCAGCAGUGUCCUCUGUCCACUGCUCUGGGCCAUUCCCCAAUCCCCCCUCCCACUUGAGCCCCUAACUCAGAAUCUGGGACCCAGGGGCCCCUCCCUACCCCAGCUAACCUCUUCUGGACCAGGAGAGCCAACCCAGAUCCCACUGCCUCCAUGAGUGCUACAGGCAGGAUGGGGCCCAGAGCUGUGCCGGGCCUGCGGCUGGCACUGCUGCUGCUGCUGGUGCUAGGGACACCCAAGUCAGGGGUACAGGGGGAGGAAGGGCUGGACUUCCCUGAGUACGAUGGUGUGGACCGUGUGAUCAAUGUCAAUGCAAAGAACUACAAGAAUGUGUUCAAGAAGUAUGAGGUGCUGGCACUCCUCUACCAUGAACCUCCCGAGGAUGACAAGGCCUCACAAAGACAAUUUGAGAUGGAGGAGCUGAUUCUGGAGUUAGCAGCCCAAGUCCUAGAAGACAAGGGUGUUGGCUUCGGGCUGGUAGACUCUGAGAAGGAUGUGGCUGUGGCCAAGAAACUGGGCCUAACUGAAGUGGACAGCAUGUAUGUAUUCAAGGGAGAUGAAGUCAUUGAGUACGAUGGCGAGUUUUCUGCUGACACCAUCGUGGAGUUUCUGCUUGAUGUCCUAGAGGACCCUGUGGAAUUGAUUGAAGGUGAACGAGAGCUGCAGGCAUUUGAGAAUAUUGAGGAUGAGAUCAAACUCAUUGGCUACUUCAAGAGCAAAGACUCAGAGCAUUACAAAGCCUUCGAGGAUGCAGCUGAGGAGUUUCAUCCCUACAUCCCCUUCUUCGCCACCUUCGACAGCAAGGUGGCAAAGAAGCUGACCCUGAAGUUGAAUGAGAUUGAUUUCUACGAAGCCUUCAUGGAAGAGCCUGUGACCAUCCCAGACAAACCCAAUAGUGAAGAGGAGAUUGUCAACUUCGUGGAGGAGCACAGGAGAUCAACCCUGAGGAAACUGAAGCCAGAGAGUAUGUAUGAGACCUGGGAGGAUGAUAUGGAUGGAAUCCACAUUGUGGCCUUCGCAGAGGAAGCUGAUCCUGAUGGUUUCGAGUUCUUAGAGACUCUCAAGGCUGUGGCCCAAGAUAACACUGAAAACCCAGAUCUUAGCAUCAUCUGGAUUGACCCUGAUGACUUCCCCCUGCUGGUCCCAUACUGGGAGAAGACGUUUGACAUCGACUUGUCAGCCCCACAAAUAGGAGUCGUCAAUGUUACUGAUGCGGAUAGCGUAUGGAUGGAAAUGGACGAUGAGGAGGACCUGCCUUCUGCUGAGGAGCUGGAGGACUGGCUGGAGGAUGUGCUGGAGGGCGAGAUCAACACAGAGGACGAUGACGAUGAUGACGACGAUGAUGAUGACUAGUUGCUAUGGCAACCAUCUUUCAACCCCACUGGUCUUUCAUACUCUCUCCUGCCUUCCCUUGUCCUUCCCUGAGUUCCUCCAGGGAGACUAGGUUAUUCUCUGCCAUAGAGCUAACUGGGGUCUAUAUGUUGGGUGCUGAGACCCUGAUCCCCCUCAUUUGAUGAGGAAAUGAGCUACUUUUCACUAGACACCAGCCCAGUUCUCUCUUAUCUGACUUCUCUUUCUUAUCUCAUAACUUACUUGUAUCUAUUAUGUGUCUCUUCCAUCACUCUCCAUACUCUUUCUUGUGAUUCUCCUCUAGCCAUAUAUAUGGGCCCCAUCUCUGUUCUGUUCCCUCCAUCUACACACAGCUUUCCCCCACUCUCUCUAAUCCUGUAUCUUUCUGACUGUCCUGUCCCUGGCCAGAAGGAAGGGAGGAUACUGUGUUUGGGACUGUAUCUCAGCAAUCACUUGUUAAUGUAUUUGGGUCAAAUGAGAGGCCUCAAUAAAGACAUCUGGGGCAGCAUGAA